AUGUCUGCACAAUCACCAGAUCAAGAUGAAGAAGAUGACUACCUCUCCUCUCAAGACUCGGAUUUCGCACCCGACGCAGUACCGGCCGACGACGACGACGACGACGACGACGCAUCAGACUCUGAAGAUGAGACGGUAGCCAUCGGCCAACAGAAGCCGAAGAAGCAGGACCACGACGAUGACGCGGGCUACGAUAAUUCGGGCGACGAGACUAUUAUCAAGAAGGGAGAGAAGAGGAACAAGAAGAAGAGCAAGGCCGAGAAUGACGAUGGCGACGACGACGACGGUGGUCAAGGUGGGCUGAUCAAGACGCGACGACAACGCGCAGCCGAAAAGGAGGAGCGCAGAGUAGCAGCCGUUACCGGGCCGGUGACCAUCGACGUCGACGCGGUAUGGGCGCAGAUGCUAUCCGGCAAGCCCAUCACGGCCCCCAACACCGUCAUCACCACCGACUCCGCCGAGCCGGGAGAGGCCGAGUCCGAGCUCGUGCCCGAGCCGAGAGAAGAGCAGCGGUCCAAGCCUCCGUCCGAUCUCGUACGUAUCCGUCGAACCUAUACUUUCGCCGGAAAAGUCCACACGGAGGAGAAGAUGGUACCCCGCGACAGCGCCGAAGCAGGUCUGUACUUUGCGCAGAAGGCGAGGGAGGCGGGCGCAGACGCAGACGCAGACGCAGAUGAUCAAGACGGGAGUGGGAGCGGCGAUAGCCUACCCGCCCGCCGCGCGACGAAACGAGCCUUCCGAUCCGCCUUCGAGCCCCUCCCCCCACCGUCGACGGACCAGGCGCACACCCACCACAGGACGGAUCUGAACCUCAGCGUGUCGGCCAGGAUGCAAGCCCGCCGCGAGGCCCAACAGCAGCAGCAGGCCAAGAAGCUCAACACGGUGGAGAAGAGUCGCAUGGACUGGGCCGGAUUUGUGGACAAGGAGGGUAUCAAGGACGAGCUCGAGCUGGCUGGCCGGGCGAAGGACUCGUAUGCUUCCCGAGAGGACUUUCUGGCCAGGAGUGAGGCGCGUAGGGAGGAGGGUGCUUGGAAGGCUAGGAUGGCGGGGAGGGUUUGA